AUGGACGACUCUGAUUCUUCCAGCCUUUCUUCGGCACCGCCGACUGACGACGAGAAGCUUGCGCCCAUUUUCAAGAAGAUGGCCAAGAGCAAGAAGGCUGCUCCUAGAAAGAAGAAAGCUCCUGUUACUCCUCCCACUCCACCUUCACCACCGCGACCCAAGCGGUCUCCUUCUCCGCCACAUGAGGAGUCCCUCGCCGAUAACCCUGAUGUAGCCUUCCUUGUCAUGUUCCGAUCUCGCUUCAGCCAUGCAUUCCCUUCGAAACUACCCCAUUUUGGUCCUCAAGACAUUGAGAGAGGUGUCGCUGAAUCUCCUCCAUCGCCGCAAGUCGAGGAUCUGAUGUGCGCCAUGCUUGCACUUGUCCUCAACCGCAAGAAGCCCGUCGAACGAGGCCAUCAUGGUCGCGCAAUGGAAGAGGCUUUGUCGACGCAGAAACACCAAUGGCCGCUCUCUUGGAACCGUGUCAAUCCUCUCGCUGGCAGCAGAACCUUCCCCGACAUGUCGCCCGCUGAACGUUUGAACCUCCUCCGCACUCUCGCAAUCUGGUCGCUCACGUCAUCCGAAAUUGUCUCACAAACUAUCAAAGACUCAUACAAGAUUUCGCGCCGCGAGGAUGACAUGAACCAACCAUUGUCGGUCCAGCAUUGGGGUUACGAUGGCGAUAGGAGAAAGUACUAUCUGAUUGAGGGGCAAGAGGAUACCAGCUUCCGGGUAUACCGCGAAGCCAAUCGUCUCAGUCAACAAGCGCAAUGGUGGAGUGUCGCUGAGACUAUUGACGAGGUCAAUGCCCUGGCAGAGAAGCUUGAGACCAAGGAUACCACUCAAGCUGCCCGCCGUUUGGCUGACAAGAUGAAGGCCGCUGUGCCACGAUUUGAAGCAUCUGAGGAGAAACGCAGACGUCGCGAAUACCGCCAAGCACGUAAGGCGCAAUUCAGCAAACCCGAACCUGGUUUCUCGCUUUACGAAGGUCGCACUCGUGGCAAGCGCAUUCGUUACACAUAUUCCGAUAAUGAGGACGAGUCUGAUGCUACAGGCUCGCGUCGCUCUGCCAGGUAUUCUGGCCACUCAACCCCUGCCGAUUCAGGUCCGGUCGUUACCGCCAGCGGACGUCAAGUUCGUCCUGCAAGAACAGGUAUCUACGGUGAAUCUCUGCUCAGUGGUCAAGGCGAGACACCUGACUACGCCGCUUCGGAGACAUCGCGCACUUCUGGAGGAAGAGCAACAAGAAACAGCACACGUCUCUCUCCACUCAAUGGAGAUCGCAAGAGAAAGUCGCGAGGAUACAACUCCAUGGACGAAGACAGCGAGGAAGAUGCGCCUUCCAGUGGAAACGAAUGGGAUGGAGGCGACGACGACGACGACGAUAACGACGAAGAUGAUGUCGAUAUGGCCGAUGGAGAAGACGAGGAUGACAUGGAUCUUGACCAGGACGUGAAGAAGAGUCUCGUGGUCAAGCUCAAGGUGAAGAGACCUCAAGAGUCAAUCAAGACAGAAGAUGCGCCUGCGGAGGAGAAACCACCGCCUGCCACCGAUGUCUCUCGAGAUUCAGUCGCUCGGCAAGACCUUGAGAACCUGUCAACCAAGGACGAGCCUGCGCCAGCACCACCUGUAGCAGAACAGCCUGUACCAGCACCACCUGUAGUAGCGCCACUGGUAGCAGCACCGCUUGCAAAGGAAUAUGCUGCCGAGGAACAUCCUGCAGCCGUUGAUUCGAUGGACUUUGAGGUGCCCAUCCAGAAGACUUAUCAUGCUCACCCACCUCCUGGCCCAUUGCCUGCAGCGAAUGUUCCCGACGAGCAGACUAAUGGCAGUGUCUGA